GGCGCCUCCGCGGAGACGGCGGGAGCCUCGCGUGCGGGCCGUGGGGGCGACGUGGAGGCCGAGGUCAGGAACGUUCAAGAUAAAGUUGUAGCUGUUUUCAACAAGGAUCAGUGAUCAAAAUUCUCCUUUUUAAAAAGAGACUUCCAAGUUAACGAUGAAAGGAAAAUACUGCAAUUGCCUGGAUUGCAACUGACAGGAUAAAAGAAUACAGUGUUUCACGGUUACUUACAAUGGAGCCUCAGUAGACCUCAUACUUGGUCAUGCACCCAACUGGGAACAUGGAUGCUGGUUUUUCUCGUUCUGCUCUUCAGACCCUGUCAAGAAGCCACUGCAAAAACAUCAAACAAAAAAUUUCUCAGUGGGAAGGAAGAACGAACGGUAUAUCUAACCCAGAGAGGUGGCAUCCAAAGGACUUUGGAGUGAGGUAUAAUAACUGUCAUCAGAACCUUCUUGGGAAAAAUCCUGUUGCUGAGGAAAAGAGCAAAAAGUUGGCUGUAACCAACCCUCCAAAUGUCGGUCUGGAUACCAAUGCAGAUGCCAAAAGCCAGGAGCAAACUGAGGGUGAAAGCGAGAGACGUGAAGGGGAUGGUACACACCCGUUUCGAAAUGAGUCAGAAUCCAGCUGGGUAUGUUCUCAGGUCAAACAGAUCGAAAGCUGGAAAGACAUUUUGGAUGCAGAGACUUCCUUACCUCCAGGAAACUUCUAUACCUCACAGAUACUGUGGAAGAAAAUAGAGGCACUUCCCCCAGAUAAAGUCUUCAGCUUGGCUUUAGAACAUUGUGACUCUUCAGAAAAAGAACUGAAUUUCCAAGUUCCGGAUAGUUCAUAUGGGGUAACCAAGAGCUUAGAAAACAUUUACUCUGAACCUGAGGGACAAGAAUGUGGACCUUCUAUAAAUCCUUUGCCCAAACCUCGUAGGACGUUCAGAUAUUUAUCCGAGUCUGGUGUUAUGCCAUGUAAAGAAAGAAACUGUGACAGAAAAUACUGUGAAAAUAAUUCUUGUGCAGAGUCGUCUUCUUUGGCCUCUUCUCAGGAACCCGAACCAAAGAAAUAUGGCAGACAAAUCAGAGGGCGAUCUAAAAGGAAAUCCUUUGAAUUUGAGGAUAUUCAGCACUUUCGAAAUCGGAACUCACAGAAGAUUCAUGAAGAACUUGGAAGAAAUUCUGGCUCAGCACUUUAUUAUACACAAUCUGAGGACAAUAUCUAUGAGGAUAUCAUAUAUCCGUCCAAAGAAAAUCCAUAUGAAGAUAUUCCAGUGCAGCCUUUGCCCAUGUGGAGAUCCCCUUCGGCCUGGAAACUGCCACCUCCUAAAAGUGCUUUCAGAGCACCAAAGCUUCCUCCCAAACCACAGUUCCUACACCGGAAGACUAUGGAAUUAAAGACCUCCCAAGCUUUUUUACGGUCAAAGCUCACAAAGGAUACCACUCUGCCUGUCACUUUAACGGAAUGGAAGCUUUUCCGAGCCGGAGAAGUUGCAAACAGGAAAAGGAAAAAUCUUCCAAGGCUUGUAUUGAAAAUCGCGGACAUAUUUGAGUCUAAGAGAGGGAAAAAGAGGGUAAAGUUACACCCGUAUGCUGGAAAAGACACACCUCCCCCAAAAGGUGAAACCAGUGGGAACGAAAGUGAUGCUGAGUAUCUGCCAAAGAGUCGCCACAAGCGCUUAGCCCAGCUCCAGUCGUCUUCCAAGCGGAACCCGCACUACCAGACCCUGGAGAGGGACCUCAUCGAAUUCCAGGAGCAGCAGCUCUUUGAACUUUUUGUGGUGGUGUCUCUCCAGAAAAAGCCGGCGGGAACAAGCUACGUUCCCCAGGUCACGCAGCAGUUCCCUAGCAAGGGUGAUCAUGGCUUUAAGCAGUCCAAAGACACAGAAGAAAGGCUCAAAGUCAUUCCCAAGUUUUGUUUUCCUGACUCAAAGGACUGGGUGCCAACCUCAGAACUCAAGAGUGAAACAUUCUCCUUUGUCUUAACUGGUGAAGAUGGGAGCCGCUGGUUUGGCUACUGUAAGAAGCUCUUGCCAGAAGGCAAAGGGAAGCGACUUCCUGAGGUGUACUGCAUGGUUAGCCGCCUCGGCUGCUUCAACCUUUUUUCCAAGAUUCUGGAUGAAGUAGAGAAGAGACGGGAAAUGUCUCCAGCCCUGGUUCACCCGUUCAUGCGCAGUGUCAUGGAAGCCCCCUUCCCAGCUCCGGGGCGCACCAUCACAGUCAAGAGCUACCUCCCUGGGGCUGGUGAUGGGUCUAUUGAACUCUGCCGACCCCUGGAUUCCCGACUAGAACACGUCGACUUUGAAUGUCUCUUUAAGUGCCUGAGCGUAUGCCAUCUCAUCCGGGUGUGUGCCUCCCUCCUUUUGGAACGGAGGGUGAUCUUUGUUGCCAACAGCCUCAGCACCCUGUCAAAGUGUGGCCAUGCGGUGGUAGCCACGCUGUACCCGUUCACCUGGCAGCACACCUACAUCCCAGUCCUGCCGGCAUCCAUGAUUGAUAUCGUGUGCUCGCCCACUCCGUUCCUGAUCGGAAUCCUGUCUUGCUCCUUACCACAGCUCCAGGACCUGCCCACCGAAGAGGUGCUGAUAGUUGAUCUCUGUGCAGACAAGUUCUUACAGGAGGUAUCUGAUGAGGACGAAAUUCUACCUCCUAAACUCCAAGCUGCCUUGAUGCAGAUUUUGGAAGAACGAGACGAAAUCUUGGCUCAGGAGCAGAAUUUUUCACAAGCAGACGUGACACUCAACUCUCUGGUGUCCGAGGCAUUUGUGAGGUUUUUUGUGGAGCUAGUGGGACAUUAUUCUUUGAGCAUGACUGUCACUGAGCGUGGGGAGCGAGUAUUCCAAAGGGAACCAUUCCGGAAAUCCCACACCUCCCGAAGUGUACGCCACUUCCUGGACCUCUUCAUGGAAACUCAGAUGUUCGCAGGCUUCAUCCAGGACCGAGAGCUUCGGAAAAGUGGGGUGAAAGGUCUGUUUGAGGUCCGGGCCCUCCAGUAUUUGGAAACAAUUCCAGAGUCUGAGCCCAGUGGGAUGAAUAGAAUUUUGCGGAGUCUUGGAAGUAAAAUGAAAUUUCUGCAGAAGAAAUGAAAUCUUUGAUAGACUGUCUGCAUCCUAAAUAGAACAGAAAGUGCCAAAGAAAAUAUUUUUCCAGGAGUCAGGAGGCCCUGAAGUAGCCUACGAAAUCCUGGAAAGUUGAAAAGGCUAUAGAGUGGACCAAGUCCGUGGAGGAGGCUUCUCCUGCUGCUGCUGCUGUAGUGAUCACUGGACAGCUGUUGGGAGUAGUCUGGAACCAAUGUUCCCAUUGGCCUGCCUCCAUUUUUUUCCCCCAGUGCCUUUUUCUAUUUAAUUCUUGGGCUCAGUCUUUGUGUUAUGUGCUUAGUCUCUGAAGGCACUUGUCUUUUACUAGGGAAGGAUUUGGUGUUGCAUUUUAAAAAACUCAAAGAGGAGGGGUG